UCCCCUUUAAGAGCCACUGAUGACCUCACAGCUUUCCAGGCUUUGUUUGUCCGGAGCAGCCGCUGAUCCGCAGACAGACCUCGGAGAGCAGCGGACGCCGAGCUACAGCCCCUUCUUUCGGACCCAUCUGCAGCAGCCAUGCCGUCCGACAGACCCUUCAAGCAGCGGAGGACCUUUGCUGAUCGGUGCAAAGAGGUGCAGCAGAUCCGGGAGCAGCAUCCCAACAAGAUUCCCGUGAUCAUCGAGCGGUACAAGGGGGAGAAACAGCUUCCUGUCCUGGACAAGACUAAGUUCCUGGUUCCUGAUCACGUCAACAUGAGUGAGCUGGUGAAGAUCAUCAGGCGUCGGCUGCAGCUGAACCCCACCCAGGCCUUCUUCCUGCUGGUCAACCAGCACAGCAUGGUGUCUGUGUCCACCCCCAUCUCUGAGAUCUACGAGCAGGAGCGGGACGAGGACGGCUUCCUCUACAUGGUGUACGCCUCGCAGGAGACCUUCGGCUGCUAGGGAGGAAGAGGAGGAGGAACGGGAACAGGAGAAUGGGAUGUCUUCUCCACCUUCAGACUCUUUAGUUUAUUCAGUUCAUUCAACACAAGCUGCAGAUGCCAGCAGAGGGCGCUCUGCUGUUUCUCCACACACAGGCGGAGAGCUCUUAUUUUGAAAGAACACAAACUGACCAAUCACGUUAGAGAAUGUAAAGACGUCAAACACUAAACAUGCAUUUCCGGCUCAUUUCAACCCCUUUUAACUGAACUCUUAGUUUUAUUUACAGCCAACAUGGAGCUUAACCUUUGAUGCCGAUGUGCAAUAUUUCUGCCCUCACUCAGCUGUAA